AUCUGCAAGGGGAGCGGUAGCACGUCAGGGCCUGCCUGAGGGGCGUGAUUGGAGGGCGCCUUCGGCAGCCGCCCGCGGCAGAAGCCACUGCCCCAGCUCGCCGCGCGGAGUUGCACGAGGCGGCGGCGGGAGCUGAACUAGCAGGAGGAAUCGCCUCGCCGAGUCGGGCCGGAGCCCUGCAGUGGCUCAGACGCUUGCGGGGACCGCCAGGUUGGCACCUCCGCGCGCCAGGCCAGCCAGGAGCGCUGCACGCACGCGGGCCCGCGGGCUAGGCCACGCUAAGCCGCCGGCGCCAUGGACUUCGUCAUGAAGCAGGCCCUGGGAGGGGCCACCAAGGACAUGGGCAAGAUGCUGGGGGGCGAGGAGGAGAAGGACCCCGACGCGCAGAAGAAGGAGGAGGAGCGGCAGGAGGCGCUGCGGCAGCAGGAGGAGGAGCGCAAGGCCAAGCACGCGCGCAUGGAGGCCGAGCGCGAGAAGGUCCGGCAGCAGAUCCGCGACAAGUAUGGGCUGAAGAAGAAGGAGGAGAAGGAGGCGGAGGAGAAGGCAGCCCUGGAGCAGCCCUGCGAGGGGAGCCUGACCCGGCCCAAGAAGGCCAUCCCUGCGGGCUGCGGUGAUGAGGAGGAGGAGGAGGAGGAGAGCAUCCUGGACACGGUGCUCAAAUACCUGCCUGGGCCGCUGCAGGACAUGUUCAAGAAGUAACCGGCCCUCCUGCCCC